UCCAGGGGAAAUCAUGUAGUUGUAUUGGAGCUAAUCAUUCUCACCACCAAUGAAACCAUAGGAUUAAAAAACACCUUUUGUUUUGACCAUGUAAGCUGGUAGAAUGGAGGAGGCUGUGUUGAUACCGGGGGAUGGAAAAAGGCAGAAGAGGGUGAGAUUCCGGGUGGCCUCAGGAAACAGCGGGCGCGUUUUGAAAGAGAUGUUUAAAGAUGAAGGCCCGUCGGAUUCACUGGAUUCAGACUGCACAAGCAGCUCUGAAGCAGAGCGGGCCAGCACCCCAUCCACUAGCGGGGAGGUCAACGGCCACCUGUUUGGAUUUUUUCGCUCGGAGCUGGAUGGCAAUGGAAGUGAACCUGAUGAUUUGCUGAUGUUUGCAGGGGGGAGAGUCAAGGAUCACGUGUUGAGCACCAAACGUGUGAAUAUCCUCAGUAAAAACGGAACAGUCCGAGGAGUGAAGCAUAAAGUCAGUGCUGGCCAAAUACUCUUUGAAAACUUGGCUAAAAACAAUGGGCCAGAACUGACACUAGAGUUUGGGCGAGUUGUAAUCUAUACCACCAGUUUUCGAGUGGUCAGGACUACAUUCGAGCGAUGUGAGCUGGUCCGGAAGAUCUUUCAGAACCACAGUUUGAGGUUCAUAGAGAAGAACAUCGCUUUGGACAGUGAAUAUGGGAAGGAACUCGAGAUGCGUUGCAAGCGAGUGGGUGAACCUCCCUCACUUCCUGUGGUCUUUAUUGGUGGACACUACCUGGGGGGUGCCGAAAAAAUACUUGAAAUGAAUGAAUUAGGAGAGCUUCAAGAUCUCCUGACCAAAAUUGAGAGGGUACAGCACCCCAACACGUGCCAGGCAUGUGGGGGAUUCGCUUUCGUCCCGUGCCCUUUGUGCCAUGGUAGCAAAAUGUCUGUGUUUCGCAACUGCUUCACCGACUCCUUCAAAGCGCUGAAGUGCACAGCAUGCAAUGAGAACGGUCUUCAGCCCUGCUCCAGCUGUUCUCACUGAGGUCCUUUUCAAGUGCCUGCCACCCCUUCCCAGUACCAUCUCUAAACCCAUAAGCCAUGUUAAGAACUACAUAGAGAUGCAAAAAACACAUGUUAUUUGUUAAUAAACAUUUUUUUAGAAAAUGUAACUGCGUCCACACAUUUUUUUUCAAUGAUGCUUAUUUUUUACCUCAAUUUUGCCAUUUGCUAAAAUAUUAUGAUAAAAUACCUGGCAACGUUAUUCAUUCUGACAGUAUGGACUCUGUCUGUCACUGUAAAUAAAAAUAGCCCAUUAAGAAAAUUACAGAACGACUGUCAGGGGCGGGAUAUCAUCUUUCCAAACCCUAUGAUCCCAGCAUGUGGCAAUAAACUGUUAAACA